AUGGGCGACAUGAAUGCGAAGCUGGGAGGAGACAACACAGGAAGAGAACUCACCAUGGGUCGUGAGGCCCUCGGUGAAAUGAACGACAAUGGUGAACUCUUCUCAGACUUCUGCGCCUUCAAUGAUUUGGUGAUUGGUGGUAGUGUGUUCAAACACAAGGAUAUACACAAGACGACAUGGAUUUCACCAGAUGGAAACACCAAGAAUCAAAUAGACUUCAUCUCAAUUUCAAGAAAGUGGAGACGGAGCCUACUGGACACAAGGUCAAGGAGAGGAGCAGAUGUGGGUUCAGACCACUAUCUAGUAGAAGGGACUUUCAAGGUGAAACUAAAAGCCUCGAGGAUAGCUGGGGAUAGGCCACAAUGCAAGUUCAACACUCAAUUACUGAAGGACACAACCACAAAAGACACCUUCACUGCAACUGUCAGAGCAAAGCAGGAAACACUACGCGACAUCACUGAAGAAUCAUGCGUGGAAGAACAUUGGAAGUCUCUGAAGGCGAUUCUCAACGAAACGUGUUCAACGGUUCUAGGAAGAAAGAAGAGACAAGACAAGGAAUGGCUCUCAACGGACACUUGGAAAUUAAUAGAAGAGAGGAGAAUGGUGAAAGAGAAAAUGAUUCAAUGCAAGGACGGACAGGAGAAGGAGACGAUGAGCUCAACUUACAAGCACUGGACAAAGAAGUGAAGAAGAGUGCUAGGAAGGACAAAAGACGAUUCUACGACAACCUGGCCACUGAAGCUGAGAAGGCAGCAGGCAAAAGGGACCUGAGGACACUAUAUCAGAUAACCAAAUC